AUGUCUGAACACGAAGCCCAAGUUGAAGUUGAAGUUCAAGAAGACUUUGAAGUCGUUCAAGAAUUUGUUCCAGUUGAAUUGGCUACCACCAUUCCAGUUGAAAUUCAACAAGCUCAACAAGAGAUCAAGUUGUUCAACAAAUGGUCUUUUGAAGAUGUUGAAGUCAAGGACGCUUCUUUGGUUGACUACAUCCAAAUCAGCAAGCCAAUCUACGUUGCCCACACUGCUGGCCGUUACGCCAACAAGAGAUUCAGAAAGGCUCAAUGUCCAAUUGUUGAAAGAUUGACCAACUCCUUGAUGAUGAACGGUAGAAACAACGGUAAGAAGUUGAAGGCUGUCAGAAUUGUCAAGCACACUUUGGAAAUCAUCAACGUUUUGACCGACCAAAACCCUCUACAAGUCGUUGUUGAUGCUAUCAUCAACUCUGGUCCAAGAGAAGACACCACCAGAGUCGGUGGUGGUGGUGCUGCCAGAAGACAAGCCGUCGAUGUCUCUCCAUUGAGAAGAGUCAACCAAUCUAUUGCUUUGUUGACCAUCGGUGCCAGAGAAGCUGCUUUCAGAAACAUCAAGACCAUCGCUGAAACUUUGGCUGAAGAAUUGAUUAACGCUGCUAAGGGUUCCUCUACUUCUUACGCUAUCAAGAAGAAGGAUGAAUUGGAAAGAGUUGCCAAGUCCAACCGUUAA